CAGCUUUAGUUCAUUUUAUCAUAGUUUCAUGUUCAUGUUCCCAGCUGGUUUUCAUUUCUUUUUCUUUUUUUAAAGCUUUCAUGAUCCCUUGAAUCUUCUGCAACAGCCUUCUCUCUUUCUCUUUCUCUUUUUCAGAUUUUCUUCUCCAAAAUUAAAGCUUUUACAAAGCUAAAAGAGAGGUGUUUUAAUGUCCCAUGACUGCAUUUAAACUCUCCUCUCUUUCUCAAAUCUUGUAGCUGAGGUUUUCUUUUCUUUUUAGUUCACAAACUAAGAAAAACAAAUCUUUCAUCUUCUGUCUCUCUCUCUGUCUGUCUCUUUCUCUGUGUUGUCUUUCUUUCUAAGUUCAGUUUCUUAGAUCAUUUCUUCAGUUCUCUGAAGGAUGAAUAAACAAGAAGUCAUGAAGAUGCAGACUUGGAUUCUCAAAGUGAAUAUACAGUGUAGUUGUGAUGGUUGCAAGCAGAAAAUAAAGAAACUAUUGCAGAAAAUUGAUGGGGUGUAUACUACAAGUAUAAAUGCAGAUCAAGGGAAGGUUACAGUGACAGGAAAUGUUGAUCCAGGUAUACUUAUAAGGAAGCUCCAAAAGUCAGGGAAACAUGCACAGCUAUGGGGGUCAGCUCAAAAGGGUUCAAACAAUUUCCCAAACCAAAUGACCAACCACUUCAUGAACAUGCAUAUCGAUGGUGGCAAAGGAGGGAAAGACAACAGAUCUCAAAAGGGUGGUAAUGGUGGUGGUGGUGGUGGUGGUGGAAAGAAUAAUCAGCAAAAAGGUGGGCAGCAAUUUGCACCACCACCACACCUUAUGCAGCAAAUGAUGAAAGGGCCUAAGGAUUUUAAGUUACCACCUUCCAAAGACCAGAAAUCUGUCAAGUUUCAGUUGCCUGAUGAUGAUUUAGAUGAAAGUGAUUGUGAUUUUGAUGAGUUUGGUGAUGAGUUCGAUGAUGAAUUUGAUGAUGAGUUCGAUGAUGAUGAUGAUGAUGAAGGGGAAUUUGGUCAUGGUCAUGGAUAUGGACAUGGACAUGGCCAUGGCCAUGGGCACCAAAUGCAAAACAAGAUGGUACCUAUGAUGGGAAAAGGCCAUGGAUCAUAUGGGCCCAAUGGCAUGGUUAAUGGUCCUCCCAUGAAUGGUAAAAAGGGUGGGGGUAAUGGUAAAAAAGGAGAUGCUUUUGAUAUAUCUGUAGUAAUGAAAGGCAUGGGAGAAAACAAAGAUGGGAAGCAUGGUAAUGGAGGAAAGAUAGGAGGUGGUGAAAAGAACAAAGGAGGGAAGCAAAACAAAGGUGGAGGAGGUAAAAAAGGAGGUGGUGGAUUACUAGGAUUUUUCAAGAAGAGUAAAGGUGGAAAAGAUUGUAAUCAUAAGAAAGGUAAAAAUGAAUGGGAUGGUAAAAACAAGGGUGCCUAUAAGGGAAAUGGAGGCAAGAAUGGUGGUGGAAACAAUAAUGGCAAUGGGGCUAAAAAGGGUGGCGGCAGAAACGGUGGUGGGAGCCAUGAGAUGAACAAAGUUAAAAAUGGUGGGUUUCAUGACAUUGAUGUUAUUAAUCAUGGUAAAAAAGGAGGUGGGGGAGGUGGUGCUGGUGCUGGUGGCAGUAAGAAUAUGGGGCAGAUGGGCCAAAUGGGUGGUCAGAUGGGUCAAAUGGGUGGUCAGAUGGGUUACAAUAUGGGUCAAAUGGGCCGAAUGGGGAACUAUCCAAUAAGCCAGAUGGGAAAUUUCCCUGCAGUUCAAGGACUACCAGCAGCAGCAGCAGCAGCUACAGCAAUGAAUGGUGUUGGUGGAGGAUACUACCAAGGGAUGGGAGCAGGAAAUCCCUAUAACCAACAACAACAACAACAACAACAAUACAUGGCGAUGAUGAUGAAUCAACAGCGUGCAAAUGCCAAUGGUGGGGGUAUUUAUCAACCAAUGAUGUAUGCUCAGCCUUAUCCACCACCCCAUGCACCAUAUGGUCCUCCUUAUCCGAUGCAUGCAACACCUGCAAAUUCUGAAUCAUAUGUUCAUUUCUUCAGUGAUGAGAAUGCAAACAGCUGCAAUAUCAUGUAAAUUUUUCUUAGAUCAGUCCAUGUUAUUUUCAUUUUCUUGUUUUCUUUCUUUCUUUCUUUUUACAAGCAUGCAAGUUUCAAGAAAAAGAUAUUGCUUGUGGUUCUUGCCAUUGGGAAAAUAUUUGUUUUUUUUUCCUAGGAAA